AUGUCUGGAGGCCCAAAAGAUCCAGGCAAGGGCUUGGAGCCCAUGGCAAUGUCCUAUACAAGUCCAUAUCAAGGGUUUGCACCAGAAAGGUCCAAGGGCCAAUGGAGGAGGCUAGAAAGUUUACACCGGCAGGGCGAAGGAUCUAUGCCAGAAGGUGGAAAGAUCUGCACUGGAACCCAGGAGAUGAUGUCCAAGAUGAAGGUGAGGAUUGAAGUUCUCCCAAAGGAAGACAGCAGCCAAAAUUUCUUUGAAGAAAAACCACCAAAAAGCAACUUCUUCAGGAAAAUCAGCAGCGUGCAAUCUUCCCCUCCUGUUGUCCUUUUAUGCUAUUCCUGCAAUGAUCCUCAGACAUCACAGGAAGACAGAGAUGACGGUGUAGUUUUACCCCUGGGUGCAGAUACACUUACACAUAGCCUGGGCAACCUGGUACUAGUCGUUUGCACAAAGUGUGAUGCCGUUAGUGUAUUGGAGAGAGAACAUGACUACAGAGAUGAGCAUUUUGAUUUUAUCCAGUCACAUAUUCGGAAGUUUUGUUUACAGUAUGGUGCAGCAUUUAUUUACACUUCAGUAAAAGAAAACAAAAAUAUAGAAGUAUAUAAAUACAUCAUUCAGAAAGUAUAUGGAUCUCCUGAUAAGAUUCCUGCAGCUGUUGUGGAAAAGGAUGCAGUAUUUAUUCCAGCAGGGCAGGAUAAUGAUAAAAAAAUAGGAAUACUACAUGCAAAUUUUCAAACAUUGAAAGCAGAAGGUAAUUUUGAAGACAUCAUAACCAAACCACCUGUCCGAAAGUUUGUGCAUGAGAAGGUAAUUAUGGCAGAAGAUGACCAGGUCUUUCUUAUGAAAUUACAGUCUCUUUUAGCAAAGCAACCACCCACUGCAGCUGGAAGAUCUGUGUCAUCCAAUGUAGCCAGCGUGUCACCCUUCCCUGUGGAGUCAAAAAAAAUUGAUCCAAACAUGAGAGCUGGAGCUACAAGUGAAGGGGACCUGGCAAAUUUCUUCAACAAUUUGUUGAGUAAAAAGACUGGCUCUCCUGGAGGUCCUGGUGUUGGUGGGAGCAGUGGUUUACCACCAUCUGCCAAAAAAUCAGGCCAGAAGCCUGUUCUAUCAGACGUCCAUGCUGAACUACACAGAAUUACCUUAAAACCAGUUUCAGUUUCUCCUACAACACCUAGAACUCCUACAGAAGGAGAAGCCUCUUGA